GCUCUCCCCAGACCGGAAGCGGAAGCGCAAGCGCGGGGCGGUACCGUGGGAGGGGCCGCGCGUGGGUUAGCGGGGAGCGAGUCCCUCCGUCCCCGCGAGUCGGCGCUUUUGGCCCUGCGGGAGGGGCCGGGCUCGAUGAGAAAAGCAUCAUUCAAGCUCAGAUUCGUAUUGAAGCCUGCCACAAGGUCCACCUGUUGUGGGUUUGUGUGUGACCAGGUCAGAAAUCCUCAAUAAGCUGGAAGGCCUGCACUCCCUCUAGAGCAGGAGUCCCCAGCCCCUGGGCCACGGACCGGUGCUUAUAAACAGGGCUGCACAGCAAGAUGUGAGCGGCAGGGGUUACCCCCAGCAGUGUGUGAGAAUGAAGAGUGUGGGCCACUGUUUCUCUGUUGACCUGCCAGCUAGGAAAUAGCGCCAGAGUUGCUGCAAUCCGCAUCUCCCUAGAAUUCAGGAGCAGCUUGGCUGGAAGGCUCUGGCUGGAAACUUGCAGAAGGCUGUCAGCUGGGUCCGCAUCAUCCCAAGGCUCAACGGGUACCGGGGGCCACUCCAUGGCCUGCGAGUCGGAGCUGGCUGUCGGUGGGAGGCCUCAGUUCCUCUCCACAUAGGCCUCUCCACAGGGCCACUUGAGCAUCUUCCCAGCAUGGCAACUGGCGUCCCCUAGAGCAACAUCCAGGAGACCAAGGCGGAAGCAACUGCAGUGCCUUCUAGGACCUGGCCCUGGAAGUCACCCCUGCACCCACCCCCGCUGUCUCCUCAGCCAUAUUCUGCUGGUCACACAGAGCGCUGUCCUGAGAGCACUGCAGGAAAAGGAAGGAGCGUCCUGCUUCCCGGCUGCCGUGUUGCUGUCAGAGUCACAGGAUGGCGGCCAUCGUCCUGCCCCCGACUGCUGCUCCCUCUUCCCCAUUCCCAGCCUCUCAGCAAAAAGGACACACAAAGGGCGGAGAGCUGGUUAAUGAGCUCCUGACAAGCUGGCUACAGGGCUUGGUGACCUUCGAGGAUGUGGCCGUGGAGUUCACCCAGGAGGAGUGGGCGUUGCUGGACCCUGCCCAAAGGACACUGUACAGGGACGUGAUGCUGGAGAACUGCAGGAACCUGGCCUCACUGGGGUGUCGUGUUAAUAAACCCAGUCUGAUAUCCCAGUUGGAACAAGACAAGAAGGUGAUGACAGAGGAAAGAGGAAUUCUACCAAGCACCUGUCCAGAUUUGGAGACUCUACUUAAAGCCAAAUGGUUAACUCCUAAGAAACAUGUUUUCAGAAAAGAACAGUCUAAAGGUGUAAAAACGGAAAGAAGUCAUCGUGGAGUGAAACUCAAUGAAUGUAAUCAGUGUUUUAAAGUCUUCAGCACGAAAUCUAACCUAACUCAGCACAAGAGAAUUCAUACUGGAGAAAAACCCUAUGACUGUAAUCAAUGUGGGAAGUCCUUCAGUAGCAGAUCUUACCUUACUAUUCAUAAGAGAAUCCAUAAUGGGGAGAAACCCUAUGAAUGCAAUCACUGUGGGAAAGCGUUUAGUGAUCCCUCAUCCCUUAGACUGCAUGUGAGAAUUCACACCGGAGAAAAACCCUACGAAUGUAACCAGUGUUUUCACGUCUUCCGCACCAGUUGUAACCUCAAAAGCCACAAGAGGAUUCACACGGGGGAGAAUCACCAUGAAUGUAAUCAGUGUGGAAAAGCUUUCAGCACAAGGUCCUCUCUCACUGGGCACAAUAGCAUUCAUACAGGGGAGAAACCUUAUGAAUGUCACGAUUGUGGGAAAACCUUCAGGAAGAGCUCUUAUCUGACACAGCAUGUAAGAACUCAUACUGGAGAAAAACCCUAUGAAUGUAAUGAGUGUGGGAAAUCCUUUAGCAGUAGCUUUUCUCUUACUGUGCACAAGAGAAUACAUACCGGAGAGAAACCCUACGAGUGCAGUGACUGUGGAAAAGCCUUUAAUAAUCUCUCAGCUGUGAAGAAACACUUAAGAACUCACACUGGAGAAAAGCCCUAUGAAUGUAAUCAUUGUGGGAAAUCCUUCACAAGUAACUCCUACCUUUCUGUGCACAAGAGAAUACAUAAUAGGUGGAUAUGAAUUACUGCAGGAACUUCUGGAGGAAAGCACUCAUUGAUCUUUCAUCCCUAAGAUAGUUUGAGAGAGUUCACACUGGAUGUAUAAGUUAUUUGUUGCAGCAUAACAAAUGAUCCCCCCAAACUUUGUGGCUUCAAACACAAAAUGUUUAUUCUCUCACAAUUUCUACAGGUCAGGAAUUCAAGAACGGCUUAUCUCUGUAGUUACACUGCAGGAUCUCUCAUGCCCUUACUUACAAUCAAGAUGUCAGCCAAAGCUAUGGUUAUCUAACAUCUUUACUGAUGAACAGUCCACUUCCAAGAUGACUCAUUCACAUGCCUGGAAAGUUGAUGUUGGUUAUUGUCAGGGGACCUUCAGUCAUUACCAUGUAGGCCUCUCCAUGUAGGCCAGUUUACAAGGCUGAGCUCCUUUAUGAUUUGGCAAUAAGUUCUCCCCAAGGUUGGUGAUCCAAGAGAGGACCAAUACAGAGGCCAAAAUGGCUUUUAUGACCUAUCCUCAGGAGGACUGGUAAGCUUUCACUUAUUUCCUAUUGUGUUGUCUCACAACACACUAAUCCUGAUACAAUGUGAGAGACUACAGAAGGUAUGAAUACCAGGAAACAGAUCACUCAGAAGCAUCUGGGAAAUUUGCCAUGGAAUUAAUGAAGAAAAGCUCUCAGCACAUCAUCCUUCUAAUCUAAUCAAUAUGAAAUAGCAUUCAGUAACUUCUAUUAAUUCACUCUGAAGAGAAACCUUUGGAGGACAAUCUGUAUGGUAAAGCUCUCAGCUCGAAUUCGCACCUUCAUGGGCCCAGAAGAUUAUGUACUGAGAGAAUCCUGAAGAAUGAAACAGCUGUAGAAAGCCUUCAGUGCUAUCAGCAGGGAUUUAUGUGACAGCUCACACUAAGGGAGAAAACCUGUGAAGGUCUCAGAAGCCUUCAGUGACAUCCCUUAAGACACAUUGGAAAUCACACAAUGGAACAACACUCAGAAAUGGGGAAUACCCUACAGCAAAAGUGUUCACAUUACUGAGCAAACUAUAGUGUGGUAUUCUGCAGUGACUAUGGGAAGGCCUUGAAUGUUCUCUCGGUUUUUAAGGGACUUGAGAAUUAAUUCUGGAGAGAAUGCCCCAUUGAACAUCAUCAAUAUUGGAGAGCUUUCCGUUUUUCUAUGUUUGUUAGGAAACCUGUGAGCAUUCACACUGCAGAGAAACUUGAAAUAUAAAGAAGAAGAGAAAGCCUUCAGUGAUGCCUCUGUGUUAGGGAAAAUAUGGAACUUCUCCCUGGAUGCAAAACCUAUGAGUAUAUUAAUAUUGGAAAAUUUUUCAGUGAUUCUUCUCUUUCUUGUAUAUGAGAGAACUUAUAUGGAGAAACCCCUAGGAAUGUGAUCUGUUAGGAUGCCUCAGCCUGAACUCUUCACUGAGUGGCCACAAUUUUCACUGGGAACAAAAAGUAUAAUAACUGUUUUGAGUGUGGGAUAUCCUUUAUCAGUGUCUCAUCUGUAGAUUGGACUGCUAGCUCAUUAAUUUUUUUAGUCUUUUUUUCUUUUAAUAUAAACAUUUGUGUAUAGCUGUUCCCGAAAAUAAACAUUAACUUAUAUUUCAUAAUUUUAAUGCAAUAUAUUUAUUAUAAUUUGCUUGUUAAAGACAUCAACACAUUGCAUAUUCAAAAAGUUAUUUCCAAAUACCUUCUGAGUAAUUCAGUUUAUCAUAAUGGAAAUUAGUAUUUAUAAACACAUUUUUCUAAUUUAAUGGUAUUUUUGGCAGAGUACAUGAGCUUUAUGAUACUGAUUAUUUUCUCUCUAUCUUGGUAUGGCAAAUACUGUUGGUUUCUUUCCCAGUGUCCAUUCUCUUCUGUUUAUUCGUUUCAAGAAACAAACAUGUUCAAGUUGUCUGUGAACAAUAUCGAAAGUUCUCAAUCUUAUAGUUUUUCCUGAAGCCCAGGCAGGUUUUUUUGCACUCCCCUGGCAAUGAGAAGUAAGUCAAAGUCACUGUGGGGAACAUCUCCUGGCUUGUUCUCCUCACGUAUUUUCCAUUCACCUCACCCAUUCUGUCUCUUGGAAAGUGGCCUCAAGGUCUAAAGUUUGAAGAGCUGCUUUUUGACCACAAUGACAGAAACCAAAGUGCAGCCAAAAAUCACAAUGCUGUGGGCUCUCCAGGAGCCUCCGAUUGGCUGCAUCUGCUCUGGGCUCCUUAUUCUUACACUUCUUACGUGACUAAAAGAAACCCCUAGGCUGGAUGUGGUGUCUCAUGCCUUUAAUCCUAGCACUUUGAGAGGCCGAGGUGGGUGGAUCAUGAGGUCAACAGAUCGAGACCAUCCUGGCCAACAUGGUGAAACCCCAUCUCUACUAAAAAUAUAAAAAUUAGCUGGGCGUGGUGGUGCACGCCCGUAUUCCCAGCUACUCGGGAAACUGAGACAGGAGAAUUGCCUGAACCUGGGAGGUAGAGGUUGCAGUGAGCCAAGAUGGUGCCACUGCACUCCAGCCUGGCAACAGAGUGACACUCCGUCUCAAAAUAAACAAAUAAAUAAAUAUUUUUUAAAAAAGAAACCCUUAACUGAUUGAAGCCAACAUGAUCUGUUUGUUUUUGAGGUGGUGUUCUGUUAACUUCCAGCAGGGUGCAGAAUCUAACUGGUAAACCUAUAAAUUGGUCAAAUUUUCGCCAUGUUGUUUCUUUGAAAAAAUGUAUAUUCUCUAAUAUUUGGAUAUAGGGUAUAUGCACAUUAAUGCAACUUAAUUGUAUUUCCAAGUACGGUACAUAUAUUCAGAUUUCCUUUUUCUAACCUUAUUUAGUGAUAGGGGUGUGGUAAACUCUUCCAUUAUGUAUUAACAUUGUAAUUUUGUCAUUUUUAUAUAUUUUGAUGUUAUGUAACUAGAUGCAUACAGGAUUAGGCAUUUUCUUCUGUAUUCUUUUUUAUGUGGAGAUGAUAUUUUUACAUAGCAAAGUAUUGUAAUGCAUUAAUAAUAAAUGGUCAAACAUU